AUGUCGGGCGGGCCCCCCAAGGCCCUGCAGUCCACGGGGCCCCACUCGCUGCGCGACAUGCCGCACCCGCUGGCCGGCUCCAGCAGCGAGGAGGCCGUGGGUGGCGACAGCACGCCCAGCCCGGACCUGCUGAUGGCCCGCAGCUUCGGCGACAAGGAUCUCAUUUUACCCAAUGGUGGUACUCCGGCAGGCACUUCAAGUCCAGCUUCUUCAUCUUCCCUUCUCAACAGACUGCAACUUGAUGAUGACAUUGACGGUGAGACCAGAGAUCUCUUCGUCACAGUUGAUGAUCCCAAGAAGCAUGUGUGUACCAUGGAGACCUAUAUCACAUAUCGGAUCACCACCAAAAGUACGCGGGUGGAGUUCGACCUGCCAGAAUAUUCUGUUCGUCGAAGAUACCAGGAUUUUGACUGGUUGAGGAGCAAACUGGAAGACUCCCAGCCCACUCAUCUCAUUCCCCCUCUUCCAGAGAAAUUCGUGGUGAAAGGUGUUGUGGACCGGUUUUCCGAAGAGUUUGUGGAGACCAGAAGAAAAGCUUUGGAUAAAUUCUUGAAAAGAAUCACAGAUCACCCCGUGCUCUCCUUCAAUGAGCACUUUAACAUUUUCCUCACUGCCAAGGACCUGAACGCCCACAAGAAGCAAGGGAUGGCCCUGCUGACCAGAGUGGGCGAGUCCGUCAAGCACGUCACCGGAGGCUACAAGCUGCGAAGCCGGCCUCUGGAGUUCGCGGCCGUAGGCGACUAUUUAGAUACGUUUGCCCUCAAACUCGGGACCGUCGAUCGAAUAGCCCAGCGGAUCAUCAAAGAAGAAAUCGAGUACCUGGUGGAGCUGAGAGAGUACGGGCCUGUGUACUCCACGUGGAGCGCCCUAGAGGGUGAGCUGUCCGAGCCUCUGGAGGGCGUGUCGGCUUGUAUCGGAAACUGCUCCACGGCUUUGGAGGAGCUGACGGAUGACAUGACGGAGGACUUCCUGCCUGUGCUCAGGGAAUACAUCUUAUACGCUGACUCCAUGAAGGGCGUCUUGAAGAAGAGGGACCAAGUGCAAGCAGAAUACGAGUCCAAGCUGGAAGCUGCGGCUCUGCGGAACGAAGACCGCCCCAAGGUGCCAGCCGACGUGGAGAAAUGCCAGGACCGGAUGGAGUGUUUCAAUGCCGACCUGAAAGCGGACAUGGACAGGUGGCAGAACAACAAGAGGCAGGACUUCCGCCAGUUGCUGCUGGGGAUGGCUGACAAGAACAUCCAGUACUAUGAGAAGUGCCUCAUGGCGUGGGAGUCGAUUAUCCCACUUCUGCAGGAGAGACAAGAGACCAAGUAAGUCCUCCUUGGGACAGAGACUCUUCCACCCACACCGGGCACGGCUUCCAGUACGGAACAUCCCCGAGGAGUCAGAGAGACGACGUUGGGAAAUCAACCGCAGAGACAUCUCUACUCUGUAUAUUUCUUUACCUCUCCCCCCUCCCCAUCCUCACAGGUAUUUUUAAUUCCUAUUUAUUCCCCGGUGGAGUCUCUGAGGCUACCACAGCCCUGUCUCAGCAAAAGAAACGUACCUCCGUGUUAUGAAGGAGCCUAUGAAGCGGAACACUAAGAAAACUGGAAACUGAACGACAAGACAGCCGACAUCAUUGUCACAGUUUUCCACGGGGCCAGCCAAGUUGCCCGUUGUAAGACUCCAGAUCCCAUGAUUUUCAGGACAUGAGGGAGGCACAAGGGAAGCAGAGGGCAGUUGCUGCUUCCCAUGGUGUGGCCUGGAAUUGGCCUUGGCAGACGUGGACUUGUCUCAGCCAGGAAGGAGGCGUUGGCACCUCCUUGGAACAGCCCUUAAUGUACAGUGGCCUGUAGCUGCGUGCAUGGCCAGUCGCUGUGAGUGUGGCCUGCUGCCUGCUUGUGAUGAGGGACACCACCUGUUUAUCGUUGGUGAUGAAUGUGGUUUGUGUGUGUGGUUCAUGACGGAAAUCAGCCUAGCGUCUGUCUGUCCAAAUCGGCAUCUGUAUCCUUCUGUGCUGCAUGUGAGGCCAAGGGGCCUCUGCUCCCUGAACUUGUUUCUGACACAACAGUGUGAUAGUUUGGAAACUGCCUUUGUGUAAAAUGAAAAAAGGGGAGAGAGAGAAAAAACGGUGCAUCUUUCUCUGUGAAGUUCUUAAAUGUUGCCUUGUUGCUCCUGCAGUGACUUCAGAAUAGACCUUAGGCCUGUCAGGGAUGCGCGUAGUCUUGAAGUCAGAGCAGUCCCGGUCGCUCACGUCAGUGACAUGCCAAGCCCCGCCUCCAGUGUCUGCUUUGUGCAAUUUGCCUUUGCCUCCGCCCAGAUACCUGCUCAGCUGUUUCCCACUGGCGCCACUGGAUGCACAGACAACCUGGUGCUGAGGAGAGGCUGGGCUGUCAUAUUGUUAGGAGCCAUUCGACGGUUGUCAACUAAAUGUGAAUGUUGGACAUGAAAUGCUUUUACACGUACGGUUUCCUGGUUCCAGGAGGAGGAAGAGCCUUCUGGCCCCUGGGAAGAGUUACAGCCCGGAGCCCCCAGGGGCUCUGCCCCGUAGGGUCAUUGUUGCAGUCGAAUCGACUGGAUCGCAGGGUUUUUUUUGUUGUUGUUUUUUUUAAUUUCAGGCAGAAAAGUCAGUCUUUGGACAAGCCUCUACGAUGACUCGUGUAACAGAGAAUUCUCUGCUCCAGCUUUGGCUAAAAUCUCGAUUUGCAGCCAAAGAACUUGGCAGGUCCUGGCUAUGUCUAACACUUUCAUGUCAAACCAUUAACCAGUUUUACUUCUUUAAUCCAACCAGACAGAAAGUUUGUUUUCCACCUCACCGCCACACCCAGCCCCCCAAACCUACUUGUGUAUUGAAACUGUGUGUGUUUGUGUAAAUUUCACCUGUGACUCAUCCCAUAAAAUUAUAAAUCUGAACCUCAAAUAAGUGGUAAUACCACCCCCCCUUCCAGACGACACAGCUGUGCUAAGGUGUUGCUUCAUGCUCCGGGGGACUUGCAUGUUGGAUUCACUCGGUCCCACUUCUGCCCACAGACUUGACCUUGGAUCCAGCACCGAGUUCCCAUCGGGACUGUGGUUGGAUGGCACAGGACACUGUAGUUGUGUGUCAUCGUGUUUGAUAAUCCCAGUUCCAGUGAUCGUUUUCAUCUCCCUCGGGACUUGCCUGUGCCAACAGACCUGCUUUGUGCCCACCCUAAACCCCGAUGUGAAUUUGAAGUUUGGUCUACUUAGUCACGAGUCGUUGAAGUGGAAGGGUAAGAGCAGUCCAUCUACCCCUCGGGGUGAUUCAGCGUUUCUUGCUACCUCGAAACCCGUCCUGUCGGUGUGGAUCUGGGUGUCUGGGUCUGGCCUGACCGGUUGCGGUAGAAUCGUUGUGCAUGUCCAUGGAUGAUUGGCGGGAGGCACCAGCCAGACGGGCAGCACAUGCUUCCCCUUGGAGAAGUGUGAAGCUUUGCCGUAUGGAGUGCGUGCUCGCCAAAUACCGCCCAGCGUAACCCACACGUAGAACUGGGGAACGAUGGAAACCUAGAACCGACCUACUGGUUGCCAAAGUGCAGGCACAUUCUUGUGUACUGGCUCUGUGGGAAAGAAGGUAGCUCUUAGGGGAGGGGGGAUUUAGUCUUUCCCCGAGAGGAGAUGGGGGGCCGGGCAUCGGGGUGCACCGCCAUACCCCUCUCAUGUUUGAGGAACUGAAGGGACUGAGGAGUGUCUAUGAGUUUGGGGUGCUGUGUGGUGCUCCUGUGCUUUGAGACACCAACAAGAGCUGAAGGGAUGCGGCGGGCCGCUCUGGAGAGGGGGUCUUUCCAGAGAAGAGACCUCUGCGCCUUUCUUCAGCCCCGCCCAGAAGGGGAGGGUUAGUAGGACGGGAAGGAGGCUCUCUGGGCCUGCACAUGCUAACAGCUCCCUUGACCUCAGGGCCAGCCCUCCCCAGCAGUCACCUCUUCACCUUGGCCAGCACUCAGCCGAUUCCUUCGAAGAAAUGUCUUGGAGAUUUCUGUGCCAAAGACUGCCUGGUGGCAUUUCUUCACCCCCUCCUCGGCUCCAUGGGGUCUUGGUUCUGAGCUCCCCGACUCCUCUUACACGUGCUUCCCAGGAGUGUUGCGCUUGGGGGGGUGUCUUCCUCAAGGCAGGUAGAGACCGGCUUUGAGCCUUGAUGGGACCGGCUGUGGGAUGGAAGAUCAUCCCCGACAGCUGCUUUGAGCCUAAGAAGUAGAAGGUUUAGCUCGCCACAGAUGACCAACCCAGGUGAAGGAAGAAGAAAACGCCAAAAAGCAGAGCAGAUUUUAGAGAUACAAAGGAUGUUUGAGGUCCGUGUAGCAGAUAAGCAACCCCCACUCUGCUCCUGCCAGUGUGGUGGGUCUGUUAGAAGACUCUAAGUGAGUCUGCCCAAAGCAAAGAACCGCAGCUUCUAGAGGAGGAGGGAUGAUACGGUACAGCCAGGGUUAGGGCUGGGGUUACUCUUUCCCCUGGCGUGGCUAAAGGUCCCUGGUGAACUUGGACGAAGUACGAUUACGGAGGUCAUUGCCGUGAUGUCUCGCCAUGCUGCUUGACGAACUCACCUGAUCCCUUUCUUUAGCGGGAAGAAAACAAACAACCCAGCACAACUCUGAGGACUGUGGUGAACGUGAGAUGUCUGCGGUACCAAAUUCAGCCCCGCCCGGAGUGGACUCUAGAUGUUGAACCGAAAUGUGUCAGUGUUUUAUAGUCGCCCUUCCACGUGAGGAAGGGCAAGGCACACUUGUUGCUCUCACCCUGUGAGACUACCUCUUGUGAUGGGACCAUCGGAAGUUCCUCCUUAAAGAAAGGCAUGCUGGCCAUGUAGCCGUCUGCAAAGAGCGUUUCUAGCUUGGGAAGGUACUGGCCCAAGGGUCAUGCAGAGCUGAAGUGACGUGUCCCUACCAUUGGCAGUGUUGAAAUCCGGGGCUCGUUCGGAUAGCGUUGAUCGGAGGGUAGAAUAGUCCUCGUGCAUUCCAUUCUGAGCUGGCCGGUGAGAGAGGAGGUAACAUGAGGUCAAGAGCAGCCUUCUAGGUCUGUGUUGGCCCGUCUGUUUGGGCUUGGGAGACGGGGCAGUCCAGGGGCCUACUUUGGGUCAGUAGGCUUACUGACCACCCUAACGAGUGCAUCCUCUCAGAAGAUUGGCUGCCUGUGGUGAGGGCAGGACAUAUCCACCCCAGACCUUGCCUUCUCAGAUGCCUUGUUGAGGACCAGUGGAAACAGGGUAAUACAGUUAGAUGGCUGAGGGAAAACUGCUUUGGCUGCCCUCAGUUACAGACUUAGGUUGGAAAUGUGGGUUGGCCUCUGAUUUUCCAUAGUCUUCAAGGUGGCAGCAGAGUGGGCAUGCCUCCCCACUGACGUUUUCGCUAUUCUGGAAAUUAGAGAGGAUGCCCUCUCUGGAGUCAAAGUUAUGAGUUGAGCUAGGUGUGUGGGACUUGUCCUUCUUGGGAUUUUUUUUUAAUUGAGUGUCUAAACUAGGAAUCUGAUUUUUUUUUCUUUUGUAAACCAGCCCACCUUUAUAAGUUGUCUCUAAUUGUUUUAAUAUUGUCUGGUCCUCCCCAGAGGGGCUCAGAGUGUCGAGGGACUAUCUGGCUGAGAACUUGGGAAGAGAGGGGUGAUAGGGUGAGGUUAAUGGUUCUUCCUUAAUCCUGUGUGUUUGAAAAGCCUCGUCGUUUACUAGAGCAACUCUAUCCAACCACUAAGAUGUUUGUCUCAUAUGUAAACAUUCUGUGUGUUUAGCACUUGCAGAUCAGCAAAUCCAGAAUUGUAAAAAUGUCACUGUUAACAGCAGAACUGUGCUUUCUGAACAUUUGUGAGCACCUGCUAAUAUGCCUUAUUUUUCAAGUUUUUUUUUUUUUUUAAGUUCUGGGUAGAGUUUUAGAAAUGUAAUCUGCUCUUCAUCUUGAACUGUUAUAGGUAUAACAUAGCUAGUCCUCAGUCUCUGUAAAGAAACAAGUGAGUAAAGCUCAUAACUAAGGCUGCCUAUUUGAAGGAGAAAGUGAAGUCAUGCUAUUGCCAAAUGAUAUUUUUAGAUAAUGGGAGGAAACACAGGGACCACAGAACCUCUUUAUAUCGUAAGGUAUGGAAGGAUUUAGUGCCUUUUUAGCAUGGAUAUGGUUAUCAGCACCUGCAAAUCAUUGAUACAAAGAAGCCUAUAGAUUUAUCCUGAUGGUGCAGAACAACUUGUAAAGAUUAUUUUGCACCUUGGGGCAGUAUGUGGCUAGGAAUUCUCCACAGGUUGAAAUGCCAAAAACAGCAAGCACAUGCUGAACUCACAGAAUUGUGUCCAUUUUACCAGCAGAGCUUUUCCUCCCAAAACCAGUGGUGAAGAGUCUUGCACCUGCCCCUCUCCCAGCAACCCCAAGGCCCGCUCUCUCUCACCAGGCUCUGCCAGAGCCGGCGAUGCCACUCCACAGCCCUGUUGGACCGUCUUGCUCAUAAGCUCAGACCAACCCUUCAUCAGCAAAUACAGAGGGGAGGGGAGGGAUCUCUUCUCAGUAGGUAUACACUGGGAGAGAAGACAGUGGGCUGUCAACCAACCUGAGCCAGCGGUCAGCUGGGCCUUCACGAGACGACAAACCAGCAUCUCUCAACCAUCAGCACUGGCCUUGCAGAGUCCCCCGGGCGUGGGGUGUGGGGCUUGCCCACUGCACCUCUGCCUGUCUGCUCCCUCCAUCUCUCGUGAGGGGGGGAUGCGUGGAGAGAGACACGAAUCGCCAGCCAACUUUCUUAACUUCAUGUCGAAGACCAGAUCGCAUCUUGUGCUGUGGUCAUGUCCCAGUUACGGACUGUCUCAUUUUUAAGCAUAGUUGUGUUUGAAAUUUAACAAAGAAAGUUCUUUCUGAUGUAUUGGUCAGGUCCUCCGUGUAAAUGUCGCCGUCCUCUCUCACCCAUGCUGCCCUUGAAGCCAAACCCAAAGCUGUGAAAACAGACGUGCUUGAGAAAAGCAGUGUGUGUAGCUGAAAGGCGAUUUCUUUGCAGAGUCUAGUCUUUGUUUCCCGAAGCCACCCAGCUUUAAAAAGAAUGUCACGUUUUCUUCCGUCCUGAAACCCCAGAGACUUGUAAGAAGGGGGAAAAUUGUUUUGUUGAAUUUUUUAUGUUGGCACGAGGUUUUUGUCCACCCUUUUAAUUUUGUUUCAUAUAUCUGUGUAUUAAAAAUGUUUACUAUGGAAUUAAGGUAAGAGCAAAAAAAAAAUUUGUAUUGCUUGAUACACUAUUAGCUUGUAAAUAUUUAAAAGUUUCUUUACCUCAAUUAACUUAAAGUAAUGGACCAAUAAACCUAUAAAAGAUGGUUUUUCUUUA